AAAUAUAAAUAAUAAAUAAAUAAACAAAUAUACUUAUAAAAAUUUUACGUAAAACAACUUUUUUUUAAUGUUGCCAAACUUUUAAACUCAAUAAAAAUAAAUUUAAUGAAAGUUUUCAUUAAAUUAGUUAGAAGAAGACAAGAUGGCCAACGUCUACGAAUGUCUUGUGAAUUGUGAUAACAAUUUUUACGUGUAGUUUUCAAUUUUCAGCAUAUUAUUUUAUGAUUUAUAAAUUAUUAGUGUCAAUUAGUGUAUAUGUAAAUAUUUAAUCAUUUAUAGUGAUACAGUGAGUGAGGAUUAUUUCGAAUCAGUAUAUUCUUUUUAUGAACCUGAUAGAAACCCUCAGGGUAUUAGGUUACCCAAAUUUAAUAUCAAUGGAAAGCUUUAGGUCGCCCAAUUUUCCAUUGGUGGCCGAUUUAUUGUUAUGGCUUUCAAAAAGAUUCGAUCCGGAUACGAAUAUACCCCCCGAAAUCGAUACCGAAGAUGAUAGAGUUAAAUUAAUACGAAACGUAGCGGAAUUCAUGGCGAUAAAGGGGAAUAUUAGGUUAAAUACGAAGAGGUUAUACCAAGCAGACGGUUAUGUCAUUAAGGAAUUGCUAAAAAUAACUUCGAUAUUGCACGAGGCACUUUUGAGUAAUUUGGAACGGGAAGACGACGAUCAAAUCGAUGAGAAUAUUUUAGAUUUGAGAGAAUUUGAUAUCACCGAUAAAAUUAGCGAGUUGAAAUUCUCGAGGCAAUUAGCUGGAGAAGUUACUAAAACUGGUUCAAAUUUAUAUAAUUUGUUGACCAAAGAAGUUGAUUUAAAAGUGGCGCGCCAUAAAAGUAUCGUGCGUCAAUUUGAAUUAUCGGAAGUAGAGUCCGGUAUAAGGGAAGCUAUAAAAUUGAUAAACAUUGAGGUAGAAGAAACUAAACAACUUAUCGAAAAUGUAGCUGCGACUGAAGCUAGUCUCGAUUCUAAAAUUGAAAAACGAAACGUCGAAAUCGGUAGAUAUGAAAAAAGAUUACAAGCAUUAAAAAAAGUUAGACCAGCAUUUCUCGACGAGUUUACGGCUCUGGAAAAAGAACUGGAAGAACUUUUCGUCCGAUAUUCUCUUCGUUUACGCUGCCUGAAUCAAUUAGAAAAACAAUUCGCCGAAUCGGAAACGGCGCAAUUGGAGAAACAACUCCAAAUAACCCUACCCCAAAUACAGACGAUACCGUUGGAGGAAACGGACGAGAACGAUAUUUUUUUAGAAAAAGAAGAAGAGGAGGAGAAAAAAACGCGCGGUACCACGAGCGAUAGAAGAACGCAGCCGCCACCGUUGCUCGAUAAUCGAUCGUCAAUCGAUUUUAGUUCCGAUACGGAAUCCGAUGAUUUGUUUAUCGAUAGAGACGAACCGGAAUUGAUGCAAUCGGAUGAUUCGUUGGGGAUGGAGAUCGCUUCCGGUGAUAGGAGAGCUCCUUCCGGUAGGUUGGUAGGCAGCGACGACGAUUUUUGAUUUUUUUUCGAUUUUUUUUAAUUGUUUCGAGGUAAAUAAAGUUUGACACCAAGUUAGAAAUAUUUUUUAUUUACUGAACGGCCAUAUGAGCAGUCUUUGAAAAAAAUUUGAAAAAUGAAAUAAUAUUUUGUCGUUUAUUCGAUAUUCGAGCAUCGAUUUUUUCAAACUGUCAUUUUGACGUUCGAAUAUCGGUAAAACGUUAAUUUCCGGUUCCGUUUUUAAAAUAAUGACGUGGUUGAAUGAAAAUAAAUCGACAUUCUGUCAAAGUGACAGAAUAAUCAAUGUAGACAACAUUUUAUGGAAAAAAUCGAUUUUUUUUUCGAUUUAAGAGAACAUUUCGAAUGUUCGAAAAUCCGAAUGAAAUUUUUUAGAUACAAGAAAGUACAUUCGAAAAAUCGUCAUUUUUAUGUCAAAAUUUAGUAAAAAAGAAGAAUAAAUUGAAAAAGAAGAUUUAAAGAAAAACGAACACUCGAGUCAAAUACAAGCGUCAUUGAUUUGAAUUUCUAUAAAUACUUGAAAAUAGAAAAAGAAAUGGAAGAAUCAAAAAAGAACAAUGACAUUUAAAUGUCAAAAUUUACUUGAAAACGGAGAUAUAUACUGGAGUUAAUUGAAUAAAAAAGAAGAACAUCAAAUCUGAAAAUGUCAAAUAUUAGUUUUGAACCGAAGACUUUGGAAAAACGACAUUUAAAUGUCGAAAUAUGAAAUAAAAACAAAAAUAAGUAGAAGAAAACACAAGUAGGGGCAAAAAGAAGAUUGUAUUAAAAAAACAAACAUUUAAAUCAAAUAUGGACAUAGGAAGAAGUACAUUUGUUUACAAAAUCGACAUUUAAAUGUCGAAAUAUGUUCAGAAAGAAAAUAAUGUAAAAAAAGCAAAUUGAAUCAAAUAUGGGCACAAUAAAAAGCACAUUGAUGCAUAAAAUCGAUAUUUAAAUGACAAAAUAUGAUCCAAGAAAGAAAAUAAUGUAAAAAAACGCAAAUUGAUUCAAUAAAUUCGAAGAUUGAUUCAAAAAAGAAAUAUUUGAAUCAAAUAUGGACACAAUAAAAUACACAUUGAUGCAUAAAAGUGACAUUUAAAUGUCAAAAUAUGAUCAGAAAGAAAAUAAUGUGGAAUAAAGCAAAUUGAAUCGAUAAAGUCGAAGAUUGAUUCAAAAAAGAAAUAUUUGAAUCAAAUAUGGGCACAAUAAAAAGCACAUUGAUGCAUAAAAUCGACAUUUAAAUGUCGAAAUAUGUUCAGAAAGAAAAUAAUGUAAAAAAAGCAAAUUGAAUCAAAUAUGGGCACAAUAAAAAGCACAUUGAUGCAUAAAAUCGAUAUUUAAAUGACAAAAUAUGAUCCAAGAAAGAAAAUAAUGUAAAAAAACGCAAAUUGAUUCAAUAAAUUCGAAGAUUGAUUCAAAAAAGAAAUAUUUGAAUCAAAUAUGGACACAAUAAAAUACACAUUGAUGCAUAAAAGUGACAUUUAAAUGUCAAAAUAUGAUCAGAAAGAAAAUAAUGUGGAAUAAAGCAAAUUGAAUCGAUAAAGUCGAAGAUUGAUUCAAAAAAGAAAUAUUUGAAUCAAAUAUGGGCACAAUAAAAAGCACAUUGAUGCAUAAAAUCGACAUUUAAAUGUCGAAAUAUGUUCAGAAAGAAAAUAAUGUAAAAAAAGCAAAUUGAAUCAAAUAUGGGCACAAUAAAAAGCACAUUGAUGCAUAAAAUCGAUAUUUAAAUGACAAAAUAUGAUCCAAGAAAGAAAAUAAUGUAAAAAAACGCAAAUUGAUUCAAUAAAUUCGAAGAUUGAUUCAAAAAAGAAAUAUUUGAAUCAAAUAUGGACACAAUAAAAUACACAUUGAUGCAUAAAAGUGACAUUUAAAUGUCAAAAUAUGAUCAGAAAGAAAAUAAUGUGGAAUAAAGCAAAUUGAAUCGAUUAAGUCGAAGAUUGAUUCAAAAAAGAAAUAUUUGAAUCAAAUAUGGACACAAUAAAAUACACAUUGAUGCAUAAAAGUGACAUUUAAAUGUCAAAAUAUGAUCAGAAAGAAAAUAAUGUGGAAAAAAGCAAAUUGAAUCGAUAAAGUCGAAGAUUGAUUCAAAAAAGAAAUAUUUGAAUCAAAUAUGGGCACAAUAAUGCAUAAAAUCGACAUUUAAAUGUCAAAAUAUGAUUCAAGAAAGAAAUUAAUGUAAAAAAAGCAAAUUGAAUCAAUAAAUUCGAUGGUUGACUUGAGAAGAAUCAAAUAUGGAUACAAUAAAGAGCACAUUGAGCAUAAAAUCGACAUUUAAAUGUCAAAAUUAGCUCGAACACAAAAGAAGGUAAAAAAGAUGCAGAAUGAAUUGAAAACGAAGUACUGUUAAUAAAAAACAUACAUUUGAAUCAAAUAUAUGCACAGUAGAAAGCACAUUGAUUUGUAAAAUCGAAAUUUAAAUGUCAAUUUUAGCUUAAACACUAAAAAGAUGCAAAGAGACAACAAAUCAAGUAAAUAAGGGCAUUUAAUCAGAGAACUAACAUUUAAAGCAAAUAUAAGCACAUUGAUUUGUAAAAUCGACAUUUAAAUGUCAAAAUUAGUUAAAGUGCAAAAAAAGAUUUAAAAAAACGUGAAUUAAAAUGGAGAAGGGCAAUAAAAAAAACAAACAUUUGAAUCGUAUCAUAUACACAGUAAAAAGAACAUUGAUUCAUAAAAUCAACAUUUUCAAAUAACGUUUUUUACUCAAAAUAUUUUCGAAAAUGUGUAAAAAACAAAAAACAUGAACGUCAAAAAAUAUACGAGGAAGUGCGAAAAAGUGAAUAAACAUCAGAAUAAAAAAAACAUUGAUUCAUAAAAUCGACAUUUUUUUGAUAGGAAAAAAAUUUUGGCUACAUUGACUAUCCCCUCAAGUUUAGUUUACGCUAUUAUCAAUAUACGACAAAAAAAAUAUGGACACCGAAUUGGUACACAAACGGCAACACUAAAUAAAAAAACAACGUCGACAUUCUCAAUUUUCUUCUUCUAUGCGAUAAUAACCGAAACGUUCAAAAUCACAACGUCAAUUUCACCACUAGUCAAUACUACACCUGUCAUACGUCAAACGAUGACAGUUGACGUAACCGAGAAUGUCGCAUAAUUUUGUACAUUUUUGUAUAUUCUAUUUUAUAUAUAUAUA